AUGGAAGACAACCGACUGGCAUGGCUGCUGUUAGCCACAAGCUUUUUUAUUUUAAUUAUGACAGUAAUACCUGUCUUGUUUGAUCUUCCCAAUAUCUCACCUUGGUUCACAGGGGAUGCAUUGUGGCGAUUUUUUGACCCAUUAAUUACACUGCCCUUAAACUUAUUUAUCAUUACGAGAGCAAAUAUUAUGACAAGUGGUAGAUCAGAUUACUCUACUGUGACAUGGCUACUAUGGUCUUUUGGGGCUGCUAUUUAUUGUCAAUUCCAUGGUGUACACACAGCAGCGGCUCUUUUCAAACAUCCUAUUGAAGACUUCAAUGCUGCUUAUCCUGAUCUUGUUAUUCAAUAUCCUGUGUUACAAGAAAUGUAUUUAAAUAUGGAGAAUCUAUGGGAGCAUUACAUAGCUCAUUAUUUAUAUGCAGCUGGUGCCAUGGUAAUGUCCUGGGUUCAAUUGUUUGCUUUCCGCAAUCAAUUGCAUGGUCCUUUACCCAAAACAACACAGACAGUAUGGUGCAUAGGUAUCAUUUUCUAUGGCUUAUUGUUAGCAGGUGUAGCUAUUGAAUUCCCUGUAGGACUCUAUGUUGGUCUAGCCUAUACGAUCGUGAUUGGCCUUAUCUGUAUACUCAUAAUGGUCCUUAAUCCACUCAAUCUGAAACGAGGUGGCUUACUGACAAUGGGAAGGCGUAUGGUUAUUCAGUUUUAUUUAGGUGCUUGUGUGAUAGGGUUGUUGGUGAUUAUUAUCUGGAUAGGGAUCUACGGUUUUAAGAACAGAAAAGCAGCGGGUGUAGUUUAA